CAUUACUCACAUAACAUAUCUGCAUGUUCUAUAAAUACCGUACUCUCUCCAAACACUUCAUUCAUCCAUCCAAACUCUAAAAUAAUAUAUCUUUCCUUUUUUAUAUAAACAUAUAUUCUCAUACUCAAUCCACCCCAAAUUAAAACAACGCUACAUAUACUUUCAUAUAAUUCAAUAGCUACGUACCACCCACACAAACAGUAAAAAAAUAUGAUGAGUUUAGGAAGUGAGAAGCGUCAAGUAAGUCUGUCAAAAAUUGCGACCAACGAUGGACAUGGUGAGAAUACACCAUAUUUCGAUGGUUGGAAGGCUUACGACAAAGACCCUUUCCAUCCUGCCAAAAAUCCCGGAGGUGUUAUCCAAAUGGGUCUCGCAGAAAAUCAGCUUUGCUUCGACUUGAUUCAAGCGUGGAUUAGGAACAAUCCAAAAGCCUCUAUAUGCACAGCUGAAGGGGUUCACGAUUUCAAGCACGUAGCUAUCUUUCAAGAUUAUCAUGGUUUCUCAGAGUUCAGAAAGGCAAUUGCUAAGUUCAUGUCAAAGGUGAGAGGUUGUCGGGUUACAUUCGACCCGGACAGAAUAGUGAUGGGCGGAGGAGCCACCGGAGCUAAUGAACUCGUCAUUUUCUGUCUUGCCGACCCGGGCGACGCUUUUCUCGUUCCUUCGCCUUAUUACCCAGCUUUUGUCCGUGAUUUGGGAUGGCGAACCGGAGUGAAAAUAAUUCCAGUCCCUUGCGAGAGCUCCAACAAUUUCAAAAUAACCAAACAAGCCCUCGAAGCAGCAUACGAGAAAGCCCAAAACGACGGCGUUAAUGUGAAAGGACUACUCAUAACCAACCCAUCAAACCCACUUGGAACGACAAUCGACAGAGCUACACUCAAAAGCCUGGUCACAUUCGUAAACGACAACAACAUUCACUUAGUCUGCGACGAGAUCUAUGCAGCCACAGUUUUCAGCUCACCCGAAUACGUCAGCGUUUCGGAGGUCAUUCAAGAGAUGGGAAACGACAAAGUUAACAAAGACCUAAUUCAUGUCGUUUACUCACUCUCUAAGGACAUGGGUCUUCCGGGGUUCCGAGUAGGGAUUGUUUACUCCUACAACGACGCUGUCGUAAGCUGUGCAAGAAAGAUGUCCAGUUUCGGAUUGGUGUCGUCGCAGACUCAGCACAUGCUGGCUGCGAUGUUGUCGGACGAAGAUUUCGUGUCCAAAUUCCUGGCCGAAAGCUCGAAGAGGCUGGCCAAGAGGCACGCUCACUUCACCAAAGGGUUAAAGAAAGUAGGCAUAUCAUGUCUAAAGGGAAAUGCUGGACUCUUCUUCUGGAUGGACUUGAGACAUCUUCUCAACGAGCCAUCUUUCGAAGCCGAGAUGGCGCUAUGGCGCUGGAUCGUCUAUGACAUCAAGCUCAACGUCUCCCCUGGAUCUUCCUUCCAUUGCCCCGAACCAGGAUGGUUCAGGGUUUGCUUUGCGAACAUGGAAGACGCAACCGUAGACAUUGCUCUCCAAAGGAUUCACUCUUUCGUUGGUAAAAAGGAGGUAGUUGAGGAUCUUGAAGAUGAUCAGUCAAUCAUGACAACAACCACCACAACCACGACUACAACAACCACAACAACAACUACCACAACAACGAAAAGGAGCGCUUGGCGUAAUUCUAACCUGAGUCUUAGCUUUAAUAAGUCAAAGAGAUAUCAUGAUGAUGCCGCAAGUGGUUUUAUGUCUCCUCAUCAUAUGAUGUCUCCUCAUUCUCCAAUGCCUCAUUCGCCACUUGUUCGUGCUCGAAAUUAAAAUAUAAUAAUCUUGAUUUGGAAAUAAUUAUUAUUACUAAUAAUAAGGAGUAGUAGUAGUGAUGGAUCUGUCCGUACGUGGUUUCGAACGACAUAAUAAAAGGUGUCGUUUUCAGUCUUUUAAUUGACCGUACCACGGAGAAGUAGGCGAUCGUAUAAUAUUAAAAAUAAGGUUUGCUAAUGGUAUAGCUGGCUAGCUAGUGUAACAGGAUAUGUUGAAUAAUUUUUAGCUGUAACUAUGUAUAUGGCUAGAUGUCGUUUUUUCUCCCAAAUUGUUUGGAGCCCGUACUAAUUUGGGGUUUUUUUAUUAGUUGGGAGGGUCGAAAAGUAUACGUACGUGUCUAAUCAAUGUGUGUGCAAGUAUUUCAAGAUUGGAUUUGAUUGUAACUGAUAUUUGCUUGGUUGUAUCUGCUUAUUAUGUAUGCAAUAUUCAUUAUACUGUCGUUUUUAUGUGGUAAAAUCGAUUAUACA